AAAUUUGAUUCCGUCGACUGUGGUCGGCGGUGGUGGUGGUGGCGACGACGACACGAGCUUGACACAGUCUCGACAUUGCUCACAACAACUCAGUAGGUCUACGAGAUCUACAGCUGCAUUCAUCGAAGGACCGACUGGACUGUGUCAGCAGCAUCCUGGAAAUCACUCGACUGUACAUUCUCUGCUCAAUCGCCUCUCGAGAUGGCAUCCGGUUCAUCCAGACCAGCUUCGGUUCGCAACCUCUACAACCCUCCCGCCGAAGAAUGGGUCUUUUUACCUCCGACAGUCUCUCCGCCGCCAUCUGCUUCGCCUCCUACUCCUUCCCAUCUCCCGACUCCAUUCAGUUCUCCUCUGCCAGAACCUGAUGAAGGAGUCAACCCUCGCAUUUAUGGUCUCUUGCAGAUCUUCGCAGCUGAAUAUUUCACGACGGCAGUGGGCAUGCCCUUCGAAGUGGGCAAGACAUUGCUCCAGAUUGAAUAUCGACCGAGACAGAGAUUCGCUCCCACAAAGCCGGAGAGCUCGGAGGUGGCCCAGAAAGACUGGUUGGCAGAUGAAGCGGAGUUGAACAACCCUGAAGAAGCAGACGUCUACUUUACAGAGCGAUUAUCAGGUCCUUCGUCGACCUCUUUCAUCCCGCCUCCACCGCCAGAGCCACUUGUGCCUGCCGACGCGUCAGGCUAUCUGCCGGACCUCCACCCCUCUUGGAUGCUCAACGAUGACCCAGAGAUAUCAAGAGGAAACGGGGUUUGGGGGAUGAUGCGUCGUCUGCGUUUGACACCCUCUGAAGGUCUUCCAUCACUCUGGAAAUCUCAGCUCAUAACGACCUUUCAUUCCAUGUUGGUCAGCUUGAUCCAGCCUCACGUUCACACUACUCUGCUUGGCUUCUUCCCCACCACCCCUCCGUUCAACCCCGACGUCCCUUUGUCCGCACUUCCGUCUCCGGGCGUUCCUCUCGCUUUAGGCGUCACAUCACACCUCUUGACCCAUCUCGUGCUGAGUCCGAUGGAGGUCAUCCGGACUAGAUUGAUCGCCAUGCCUAUCUCUCAGCCCUCGACGCCAUCCUCCAUCGCAAUGUUCAGACAGAUGUUGAGCGAAGAAGGUGGUCUCGCGAACCUAUACCUCAACUCGAACCUUCUCAUUCCAUCAAUUUUGGAGCACAUAUUGCGACCUCUCUUCACCUUGUCUGUCCCUCUAAUCCUCGAAAGACAGUUCAGCAUCUCUCCUGAAUUGUCUCCCAUCACGUAUGCAACGUGCGAUCUCGCACUCGGCAUCGCGUCACUUGUGGUCCUCCUGCCCAUCGAGACAGUGAGGAAACGAUUGCAGAUCCAAGCUAGGGGAAACAGCAAGCGGAUAAAGAGUAUAGUUGCGCUACGAGAUCGAGAUUAUGUCGGAGUGGUAGAAGCCAUGUGGAGGAUCGUGACCGAGGAGACCGGCGUGCGAAGGAAGCGAGUCAUGUCGGAGCGAGAUGAAGGUGGCCUGUUUGCUGGCAUCCGUCAACUCUAUCGAGGAUUUGGCAUGGCAGCAACUGCCCAUCUUACUGUGUUUGGUCUGGGGCUCGUCAGUGCCAGUAUGGGUGGUUCUGGCUUUGACAGUGGGUGGAAAGAGAUAUAAGGUU